AUGGCCAUCUCUGGGGUUUUGUUGUUGUUUGCUCUCUGUGUGCUUCCGGGGCUUGUCAGCGCACGCACAUUGGGCAACCCCUUCCACAUCCAAGGCCGCGUCUACUGCGACACUUGCCGUUGUGGUUUUGAGACCACUGCCACCACUUACAUUCCCGGUGCAACUGUGAGAAUUGAGUGCAAAUACAGGAACACCUUGCAGCUUGCUUACAGUGUUGAGGGAGAGACCGACGCAACUGGAACAUACAACAUUUUGGUUGAAGAUGACCAUGAGGACCAAAUCUGUGAGUCUGUUCUUGUUAGCAGCCCAGUAAAUGACUGUAAAUCAGCAGACCCGGGACGUAACCGUGCGAACGUGGUGGUCACCCGUUACAACGGCGUCGUUAAGGACAAGCAUUACGCAAAUAACAUGGGAUUCUUCAAGGAUCAGCCGUUGGCUGGGUGUGAAGAACUGCUAAAGCAAUACUUGAACUAUGAUCAGCCACAAUAG